AUGGCUACCCCCACAUUAUCCAUGAUCGACCCGACAAAACAGGCCGAAUACCCAAUUGUUCUGGGGGAAAGGCUUCGAAAUCCAAACGCGAGCCGUCUAAUCAACGUCAACUACAACCACAAGUCCAAGUCCGCCACCUCACAACAACGUUCGGUCAUCACACAAUCCCGAUCGUCCGACCUCUAUGACCUCACCGUUACUGAUAAGGCCCCGAAUGCCGAUCAAACAUUGACCUAUUCAUACAAAGGCAGCGAGGACUCGAGUGAGCGGGGCCUGGUUCUGAUCUUCGACCCGGACCGGAAAGUCUUUGUUCUGGAGCCGGUCUCGACAACCUUGAACUUUAAUCUACGGUCGGCUCCAGGAAAGACGGAAAAACAGGUCCGCGAGCAAUACGAACAACUACAGAUAAAGGAAGAGGAUGAACCAGCCUCAGGUGAAGACCGACACGGAGGGAGCACCAGCGAGGACGAGGGCCCGGCCGAUGAUAGCAAUCCUUACGACUUCCGACAUUUCCUUCCGAAGAAUCGCCGAGAGGAUGACAAGCCAAUCUCAGGCCACAGCACCCCAGAACCUGCCACUAGCAGGGCCAACACACCAUUAAUACCAGCCGCCAAACCUGCGCCCAGACCUCGACCCACAACACAAACAAACCCGCUGCGACAGACGAAACCCCCAGCAAAACCACCAGUUAAAGCACAUGUGAAGCCGAGCGAGCCUGUCAGCUAUCCCGACCCACCUGAGCAUGAGCAAUCCCGCUCGCCGUCCGAUGCAGGCACGGGCUCACAACAGACUGGGCAGUCUCCCAGCUCGAACAUUAUUGUUGACGGAGACCUCAUUAUUGAUAUGGGAUCCCCACCUCCGUCGCGCCCAUUCGUCGUGAACCGGGCUUACUUCUCGUCCAAUAAUACCCCAGAGGAGGAUGGGGAUGAAGACGUUGGAGAGUUUAGUUUACCUUCCCCGGUCGGGAAUACAGCUCCCCCUACGUCCUCAGAACAUACAGGCACGGCUACUCAAGAGGAUGAAUUGGAAGACGAUGAUGCUUUGGCGGCGGAGAUGGAAGCCGCCUUCGAACAAAGUGCUCGUGAAGAGGAAGCUCGGAGCCACCAUUACACACAACCCACGACCAGGCAAUAUGUUCCCAGUGACGAUGAGAGUGAGGUUAGUGAGGAGGAGUAA